AUGAAGCCUAUGGCUGAUAUGAAUUGUACUUUUGAUCAACAUGGGGACCCAAAUGGAGAUAGACUACUGCUCCAGGCGCUGUGGGAUGAUCUGCGAGCGCGACGGGAGUUCCUCAUGUCACCUUACCUGCCCGCAUGCUUCGCUUUCCUCAUCCACCUUCUCCUCUGCUCACCUUUUCUAGUAUUUGAAGCGCUGGGAUGUUUCUGGCCAAGGAUACAUCUCUACAGGAUCUCUAGGAACGCUGAACCGUUGGGGUUGUGUUUGCAGAGAUGGGUUGACUGCUUUUGGAGGAUUUUUAUCAAAUACCUGACAACUAUUCUCCCGGCCAGCGCGCUUUACCAAAGCGUUCGGAAUCAUAUAUCUCCAGAACUCGCGCCAUCCUGGAGAGUGCUCAUUGCGGAGGUUAUCGCGUGCCUACUUUUAUUCGAUGCGCUGUUCUUUAUAUGGCAUUAUUCCAUGCAUCGGUAAGUUUUUUGUUUUUAUGAGGCACUUUGAUGUGUAGUGAUUCAACUGCAAAUAAGCAGGUCUCAAUUUACAUGAGCUGUUUAUGAGACAGUUGGAAUAAAAUCUCUUCAGGUUGUGCAUAAUAUUGCGGCAUAUUUCAUAUCAUCCGAUAAAAUGACACUGCUCAGCUCAGCUCAGCUAUAGAGUACCACAGUAUGAGUCAUAAUACCCAUAAAACCUAGUGGUCAAACAGGGAAAUGGUUCCAACCACCAUUCAUUUUUCUGAUAUUUUUUUGUUGUUGAAACACUUAAAAUAAGGGCUGUGUUUCGUGUAGGCUUAUCCUGGCAUGACGUUUUGAUAACAGUAUAAGUCUCUCUAGGACAAGGUGACUUUGAUCAAUAUAUUUGCCUGCAUUUACUCAAUAACAAAUAAAUGCUAAUUAGAUGCUAAUGUUGCUAUCAUAAAGAACUACAAAUGUCAUGAUGAUCUGGAAGAGACAGCUGAAUCGAAGUGAAGGUAAGAAUCUCUGGAUUAACUACCUAAUGCUAACUAAAUGUAGGAAUGAAUAAAUUGGCUAUAUUUCUUUAAAUGGGUGAUGCUGUGAACUGUCUUGUGCAAGUUUUAAAUUGACACAAUACCUGUUAGCAAAGGUGUCAGCUAGAGAUGAUGUGCAGGAGCUUGCAGGAAUUUGUAGUUUUGCAUGAUAUCUACAUUGAUGCUAAUAAGAUUUUUUGAAUCUGAGAGUAAAUAAAGCCGAAUAUAAAAGUCAACUUGUCCGAGAGAGAUUUACAUGGGUAUCAAAACAUCACACCAAGGUAAGCCUACACGAAACACAGCCUUUAUUUUAAGUGUUUCUAAAAUCCCCUAUGGGAAAAGUGAAUGGUGGAAAAACAUUUGGAAACAUUUCUCUGUAUGACACCUCCACUGUGGGGCUCUAUAGCCCGAUGUAGCAUCCACAGUUACAACCAAUAGGUGGCACUAAAAUACCAAUAUAUGGACACAUUUCAUCCAAAUAUACUAAACAAAAAUAUAAAUGCAACAUGUAAAGUGUUAAAUAAAAUAUCCCAGAAAUGUUCCAUACGCACAAAAAGCUUAUUUCGCUCAAAUGUUGUGCACAAAUUUAUUUACAUCCCUGUUAGUGAGCAUUUCUCCUUUGCCAAGAUAAUCCAUCCACCUGACAGGUGUGGCAUAUCAAGAAGCUGAUUAAACAGCAUGAUUAUUACACAGGUACACUUUGUGCUGGGGACAAGAAAAGGCCACUCUAAAAUGUUCAGUUUUGUCACACAACACAAUGUCACAGAUGUCUCAAGUUUUGAGGGAGCGUGCAAUUGGCAUGCUGACUGCAGGAAUGUCCACCAGAGCUGUUACCACAUAAUUUAAAUUUAAUUUCGCUACCAUAAGCCUCCUCCAACGUUUUAGAGAAUUUGGCAGUCCAUCCGCAGACCACAUGUAACCGGCCAGCCCAGGACCUCCACAUCCUGCUUUUUCACCUGCGGGAUCAUCUGAGACCAGCCACCCGGACAGCUGAUCGAACUGUGGGUUUGCACAACCGAAGUAUUUCUGCACAAACUGUCAGAAACCGACUCAGGGAAGCUCAUCUGCGUGCUCGUCGUCCUCACCAGGGUCUUUACCUGAAAGCAGUUCGGCAUCGUAACCGACUUCAGUGGGAAAAUGUUCACCUUCGAUGGCCUCUGGCACGCUGGAAAAGUGUGCUCUUCACGGAUGAAUCCUGGUUUCAACUGUAAUGGGCAGAUGGCAGACAGCAUGUAUGGCAUCGUGUGGGCGAGCGUUUUGCUGAUGUCAACGUUGUGAACAGAGUGCCCCAUGGUGGCGGUGGGGUUAUGGUAUGGGCAGGCAUAAGCUACGGAUAACAAACACAAUUGCAUUUUAUCAAUGCCAAUUUGAAUGCAAAGUGAUACCAUGACGAGAUCCUGAGGCCCAUUGUCAUGCCAUCCAUCUGCCGCAAUCACCUCAUGUUUCAGUAUGAUAAUGCACGGCCCCAUCUCACAUCUAUACACAAUUCCUGGAAGCUGAAAAUGUCCCAGGUCUUCCAUGGCCUGCAUAGUCACCAGAAAUGUCACCCAUUGAGCAUGUUUGGGAUGCUCUGGAUUGACGUGUACGACAGUGUGUUCCAGUUCCCGCCAAUAUCCAGCAACUUUGCACAGCCAUUGAAGAGGAGUAGGACAACAUUCCACAGGGCACAAUCAACAGCCUGAUCAACUCUAUGCGAAGGAGAUGUGCCGCGCUGCAUGAGGCAAAUGGUGGUCACACCAGAUACUGACUGGUUUUCUGAUCCAAGGUAUCUGUGACCAACAGAUUCAUAUCUGUAUUCCCUGUCAUGUUAAAUCCGUAGAUUAGGGCCUAAUGAAUUGAUUUAAAAUGACUUAUAUGAACUCUAACUCACAAGCACUUAUAUGAACCCCCCCACGAGCACUUCUUCAUGCUUGUGUGACACUUUUGAAUGUGGGCCAAAAGGGAAAUAGCUAGCUAGCAAGGAUGACUCCAGUACCCCCGCCUGCUGGUACUGGAGUCAUCCUUGCUAGCUAGCGGGAGUGGGGUGAAUGAGACUGUCUACCGGUCGUCCCCGCCUCCCACUAGCACAGCAGACGGGAGGCUAGGGCGACACCGUGUACUAGCUAGCUUGAUAGUUAGCAACACCUUGUGCUAGCUAGCUAGCUUGCUAGUUAGCUAACACAUGGUGUCGCCCCCGCCGCCUGUCUGCUGUGUACCAGGGUCCUCCUUAGGACUAGCUGACUAAGCUAGCACACAGUGUCCUUCGCUCCCGCCUGCCAAACACCUGCCCUCAACGUUAUUGUGGAUUAAUGGCACCUACUGUACUGGAGCGCCCCACCUCCCGCCUGUCCUAGCUAAAAAAAUUACCAAUAGAAGUAUAAAGAGGGAUUCCUGCUGAUGCAGGAAUGCCCACAUGCAGGAACACCCCGAAUUCUAGGCGGCAAUUGCACACUUCUCGAAUAAUUUGCAACACAAAUUCCAUAGCCUUUCACAAUGGAUUUACAAUUCUUCCAAUGCACACUUGCAAACACACACACACAAACACACACAAUAAUAUUAUUAUGUGAAAUAGUAUUGCACACACAUAUAUGAUAAAUAAGGUUCUAACAAAAUGUCCAUACCAACAAUUGAAAUGACUGAAAAAUGCAGUUCAAAACUUCAAAAAACGGUCUCAAAUGAAAUUCUAGCUUGAUAAAUCAAAUGCAUCAAAGGGAUAUGGUCUACAUGUAUUCUCAUUUUCAUUCAACAGUAGCCUAACCUACAAAUUGCAAAGGAAAAUGUGUUUAGGCCUAUCUUUACUUAUAAAUGAAGUCUAUUCGUCUGUCUUUUAGGGUGAACCUCUCAGUGACAGCGUUGUAGGGCCAAGGAUAACAAAAUUAUCAAACCUGGCUUUCAUUGGAACACUAUUGUCCAAAAUGUUGUAAAACAUUCCUCUGAUCUCAGAUCAGCUGUCUGCUCCGGGUUGAUGGGUCUGUCAGGCCGAGUGUGGUGCAUUCGAGCUGAUGAUUUUCUGUCCCUUCCUCUGAUGGUCAGGAAGUGCAGGUGUUGGUCUUCCUCUCUUAAUUAUGCCAAGUUUUCCUUGGAAAUCCAACAUGGAAAAUUGUUUGAGGUGCAGUAUAGUGUCCAUUUGUCAGGCUGUUUUUGUUGCUAGCUUCGUUCAGUUCAAGGGAUGUGAGCGCCAAAUUAUGUAGACACGCCCAAAUGUGCAGAGCUUACCGCAGGCUUACCCACACAUGUUUAGGCAAUACGCAUGCGCAAAAUAUGAAAUUGUCUCAAUGCAACGAAUGAAGCGAGGCCUGUGCUGACCCUGUCCAUCAACAGUGACUGGAGUCAGGAAGGAAGGCAUGAAUACCCUGGUGCCUUUCCUGAGGUUUUGAUGAAGUUUUAGAAAAUGUUGAGAUUGAGCAUAAAAACCACCAGAAUCAUUGAGAAAAAACAUUAGAUAACAAAAAAUUAUAAUUUAUAUAAUUUAUUUAUUUAUUUGGCUUUUCAUAACAGCUUACAUUUUUUAAAAUUAUCACAGGGUAAGCACUGCCUACCCUGACUGCACGUCAAUGCUACAUUGCUUCUCAGGGCCUUCCUGUAUGUAAGCAUAUCAUGGCAUCUGCCAAGAGUCAGACGUCUGGACCUUUAUGGCACAGGGCGUAGUGGGCUCGCCCUGUAACUGCAGGGGUCACUGGUUCAAUCACCAGAGGCUACUCCUCUUAAUUCACCACACAGCCAUAUUUUUGAUAAUUUGGUUGUAAACCAGACAACAAAGUUAUAAACCAACACAAUACAGUGCAUACACAUGAAAGUUCUGUCUGUAUGGUCCCCAGGGUUCCUUGGCUGUAUCGGAGGGUCCACCAGGCUCACCACCAGAACCGCAUUACCUUUGCCCUGACUGCCCAGGAUGCCAGCCCGGCUGAGCUCCUCUCCCUGCAGGUGCUGGCCCUGACCAGUGCCUGGGUGGUGGGCUGCCACCCUUUGAGCGAGGCCCUGUUCCACCUGCUCAACACCUGGCUGGCCGUAGAGGACCACUGUGGCUAUGACCUGCCCUGGGCCCUCCAUAGACUGCUGCCCUGCUUCGGAGGGGCCCCCUUCCACCAGGCACACCACCAAAUAUACAGGGGGAACUACGCCCCCUACUUCAGGCACUGGGACUGGCUCUGUGGGACCUACCUGAGGGUCAGGGAGGAGGCUGGGAGGAAACAUGGAGGGAGGACAAUGAGGAGGAGGAGGAAGAGGAGGAAAAGCCUGGGAUCUGACUGUGUGUGUGCACGGGCGUGCAUGUGUUAAAAUUGAUGCAAGCAAUGAAGCAAUCAAAUAACUGAGAGGUCAGUUUUCAGGUUUUCACUCUCAAAAUUAAACUUUUUAAAAAUACAACAUCCAAUUUUGUUGUUUUCUAAGUCCACAACAAUGCUUAAACCACAUCAGGAGACCACUUUUGAGGUCUGGGAAGAAAAUACAAAAAUAUAUAUUUUGGAGGGUUUAGUUGCCCUUUAAUUUCAAUUGAGCACAUCAAGAGACUUGUGUUUGGCUGGCAGUGUUUCCGUACUGCAUGUGCAAUAGCAGAGUUUGCAAAACAAAAGACCACCCGAUUGAUACAAAUCAUGAUAUCAUAUCAUUCUACCAGGUAAGCCUACUUUGCAGUUAACAUUUCAUUUGGAAAGUUUAUGGGCAAGCCUUUAGAAAUUACUGUUUCGGCAAUGUUAACUGGCUGCACAAAGUGGUAGACACAGGCAUUCCCAUGCCAUUACAUCUGUAGAAAGUUGUAAGAAAUACAAAUCACAGAUGCAUUCUUUAAUAUUCUUUACAUGUACGCUUUGGGUUGAAUGAAUCUGUGCUUGCUUUUUUCUCUAGGGCAUUUGGAAACAACAGCUGCACAGUGAAGCCUCAACUAGCUCUCACAGUCUCACGUCAGAGUUAGACAUUUGGUCAAUAUUUCUCAAACAUCAAAUUCCGAAGUGUUUAAGGUUAAGUUUAGGCAUUAACUCUGAAAUCUUAAGGUUAGGCAUUAACUCUGAAUGGUUAAGGUUUCGGCAUAAAAAAAUAACAAACAAAAAAACGUUAUAUCGCUGGAUUCGAACUUGCAACCUUUGGAAUCAGAGGCGGAACUUUCUAUUGCUGGAUUCGAACUUGCAACCAUUGGAAUCAGAGGCGGAACUUUUUAUUGCUGGAUUCGAACUUGCAAUCUUUGGAAUCAGAGGCAAAACUUUCUAUCGCUGGAUUCGAACUUGCAUCCUUUGGUAUCAGAGGCAGAAUCAGAGGCAGAUGCUUACGCCCAUCCGCCAUCCGGUACACAAUGAGCUCACUGUUGCCCCUAGUGGCCGGUUUCCAUGUCAUCCAUCUUCCGAUGUCCUCAGACAUGGAUGGACAUUGAAUACUGACUUGUAUCACGGGUGACCUGGCUGGAAGCCUAUCAUUACAGCAAUUAUUAUCUGGAUUUUUUUCGUGGUCGAACUAGUGCUCCAAAAACAAAAUGUCAGGUCGCACAGCAAAAUAUCUAAGAGCGUAUGGUCGCACUUUAGAGCCCUGUGUGCGUGUGCGUGUGUGUGUGUGUGGUGUGUAUCAGGGGUGUAAUCACCCAAUCAGUUUGAGGAAAAAAAUUAUAUAUAUACAGUGGGGAGAACAAGUAUUUGAUCUUGCAGGUUUUCCUACUUACAAAGCAUGUAGAGGUCUGUAAUUUUUAUCAUAGGUACACUUCAACUGUGAGAGACGGAAUCUAAAACAAAAAUCCAGAAAAUCGCAUUGUAUGAUUUUUAAGUCAUUAAUUUGUAUUUUAUUGCAUGACAUAAGUAUUUGAUACAUCAGAAAAGCAGAACUUAAUAUUUGGUACAGAAACCUUUGUUUGCAAUUACAGAGAUCACACGUUUCCUGUAGGUCUUGACCAGGUUUGCACACACUGCAGCAGGGAUUUUGGCCCACUCCUCCAUACAGACCUUCUCCAGAUCCUUCAGGUUUCGGGGCUGUCGCUGGGCAAUACGGACUUUCAGCUCCCUCCAAAGAUUUUCUAUUGGGUUCAGGUCUGGAGACUGGCUAGGCCACUCCAGGACCUUGAGAUGCUUCUUACGGAGCCACUCCUUAGUUGCCCUGGCUGUGUGUUUCGGGUCGUUGUCAUGCUGGAAGACCCAGCCACGACCCAUCUUCAAUGCUCUUACUGAGGGAAGGAGGUUGUUGGCCAAGAUCUCGCGAUACAUGGCCCCAUCCAUCCUCCCCUCAAUACGGUGCAGUCAUCCUGUCCCCUUUGCAGAAAAGCAUCCCCAAAGAAUGAUGUUUCCACCUCCAUGCUUCACGGUUGGGAUGGUGUUCUUGGGGUUGUACUCAUCCUUCUUCUUCCUCCAAACACGGCGAGUGGAGUUUAGACCAAAAAGCUCUAUUUUUGUCUCAUCAGACCACAUUACCUUCUCCCAUUCCUCCUCUGGAUCAUCCAGAUGGUCAUUGGCAAACUUCAGACGGGCCUGGACAUGCGCUGGCUUGAGCAGAGGGACCUUGCGUGCGCUGCAGGAUUUUAAUCCAUGACGGCGUAGUGUGUUACUAAUGGUUUUCUUUGAGACUGUGGUCCCAGCUCUCUUCAGGUCAUUGACCAGGUCCUGCCGUGUAGUUCUGGGCUGAUCCCUCACCUUCCUCAUGAUCAUUGAUGCCCCACGAGGUGAGAUCUUGCAUGGAGCCCCAGACCGAUGGUGAUUGACCGUCAUCUUGAACUUCUUCCAUUUUCUAAUAAUUGCGCCAACAGUUGUUGCCUUCUCACCAAGCUGCUUGCCUAUUGUCCUGUAGCCCAUCCCAGCCUUGUGCGGGUCUACAAUUUUAUCACUGAUGUCCUUACACAGCUCUCUGGUCUUGGCCAUUGUGGAGAGGUUGGAGUCUGUUUGAUUGAGUGUGUGGACAGGUGUCUUUUAUACAGGUAACGAGUUCAAACAGGUGCAGUUAAUACAGGUAAUGAGUGGAGAACAGGAGGGCUUCUUAAAGAAAAACUAACAGGUCUGUGAGAGCCGGAAUUCUUACUGGUUGGUAGGUGAUCAAAUACUUAUGUCAUGCAAUAAAAUGCAAAUUAAUUACUUAAAAAUCAUACAAUGUGAUUUUCUGGAUUUUUGAAAAAUUACAGACCUCUACAUGCUUUGUAAGUAGGAAAACCUGCAAAAUCGGCAGUGUAUCAAAUACUUGUUCUACUUGUACUUGGGCAGCUUGCGGCUGUGCUUCCCUUUGUAGUCUGUAAUAGUUUUCAAGCCCUGCCACAUCCGGCGAGCGUCAGAGCCGGUGUAGUACGAUUCAGUCUUAGUCCUGUAUUGACUCUUUGCCUGUUUGAUGGUUCGUCGGAGGGCAUAGUGGGAUUUCUUAUAAGCGUCCAGGUUAGAGUCCCGCUCCUUGAAAGCGGCAGCUCUACCCUUUAGCUCAGUGCGGAUGUUGCCUGUAAUCCAUGGCUUCUGGUUGGGGUAUGUAUGUACGGUCACUGUGGGGACGACGUCAUCAAUUCGCUUAUUGAUGAAGCCAGUGACUGAUGUGGUGUACUUCUCAAUGCUAUCGGAAGAAUCCCGGAACAUAUUCCAGGCUGUGCUAGCAAAACAAUCCUGUAGCUUAGCAUCUGCGUCAUCUGACCACUUUUUUAUUAACCGAGUCAUUGGUGCUUCCUGCUUUAGUUUUUGCUUAUAAGCAUGAAUCAGGAGGAUAGAGUUAUGGUCAGAUUUGCCAAAUGGAGGGCGAGGGAGAGCUUUGUACGCCUCUCUGUGUGUGGAGUAAAGGUGGUUUAGAGUUGUUUUUUCCCUCUGGUUGCACAUUUAACAUGCUGGUAGAAAUUAGGUUGAACAUUUACAUUACAUUUACAUCAUAAUUUAGCAGACGCUCUUAUCCAGAGCGACUUACAAAUUGGUGCAUUCAACUUAUGAUAGCCAAUGGGACAACCACCUUUUCUUUUUUUUUUCUUUUUUUAUGGGGGGGUGGGGGAAGAAGGAUUACUUUAUACUACUCCAGGUAUUCCUUAAAGAGGUAGGGUUUCAAGUGUCUCUGGAAGGUGGUCAAUGACUCCGCUGUCCUGGCGUCGUGGGGGAGCUUGUUCCACCAUUGGGGUGACAGAGCAGCGAAUAGCUUUGACUGGGCUGAGCAGGAACUGUGCUUCCAUAGAGGUAGGGGAGCUAGCAAGCCGGAUUUAAGUUUCCCUGCAUUAGAGUCCCCGGCCACUAGGAGCACUGCCUCUGGAUGAGCGUUUUCCUGUUUACUUAUGGCCUUAUACAGCUCAUUGAGUGCAAUCUUAGUGCCAGCAUCGGUUUGUGGUGGUAAAUAGACAGCUACGAAAAAUAUAGAUGAAAACUCUCUUGGUAAAUAGUGUGGUCUACAGCUUAUCAUGAGAUACUCUACCUCCGGCGAGCAAAACCUCGAGACUUCCUUAGUAUUAGAUUUUAUGCACCAGCUGUUGUUUACAAAUAUAUACAGACUGCCACCCCUUGUCUUACCGGAGUCAGCCGUUCUAUCCUGCCGAUGUAGUGUAUGUAACCCGCCAGCUGUAUGUUAUCCAUGUCGUCAUUCAGCCACGACUCGGUGAAACAUAGGAUAUUACAGUUUUUAAUGUCCCGUUGGUAGGAUAACCUUAAUCUUAGGUCGUCCAAUUUGUUUUCAAAUGAUUAAACAUUGGCUAAUAGAAUUGAUGGAAGAGGCAGUUUACUCGCUCGCCGUCGUGUCCUUACAAGGCACCCCGACCUACGUCCACGAUAUCUCCGUCUCUUUUACAUUUACAUUUACAUUUACGUCAUUUAGCAGACGCUCUUAUCCAGAUGCAUUCAACUUAUGAUAGCCAGUGGGACAACCACGUUCUUUUUUUCUUUUCUUUUUUUAUGGGGGGGUAGGGGGUGGGGGGGGUAGAAGGAUUAAUUUAAUACUAUCUUUCUCAUGCGAAUGGAAUGUUAUUAAUAUUUUUCAUAAUUUCAUAAUUAAUCAACAUUAUUUUUAAAAACACGCUGCAAAUCUGGUGUUUAUAUGUCAAACGGUUCUGUUAUAUUUCAGUCGUCUGUGAUGUACAGCACCAGUCAAAAGUUUGGACACACCUACUCAUUCAAGGGUUUUUCUUUAUUUUUACUAUUUUCUACAUUGUAGAAUAAUAGUGAAGACAUCAACACUAUGAAAUAACACAUAUGGAAUCAUGUAGUAACCAAAAAAGUAUUAAACAAAUCAAAAUAUAUUUUAUAUUUGAGAUUCUUCAAAUAGCCACCCUUUGCCUUGAUGACAGCUUUGCACACUCUUGGCAUUUCUUCAACCAGCUUCACCUGGAAUGCUUUUACAACAGUCUUGAAGGAGUUCCCACAUAUGCUUAGCACUUGUUAGCUGCUUUUCCUUCACUCUGCCAUCCGACUCUUCCCAAUCCAUCUCAAUUGGGUUGAGGUCGGAGGAUUGUGGAGGCCAGGUCAUCUGAUGCAGCACUCCAUUACUCUCCUUCUUGGUAAAAUAGCCCUUACACAGCCUGGAGGUGUGUUGGGUCAUUGUCCUGUUGAAAAACAAAUCAUAGUCCCACUAAACCCAAACCAGAUUGGAUGGCGUAUCGCUUCAGAAUGCUGUGGUAGCCAUGCUGGUUAAGUGUGCCUUGAAUUCUAAACAAAUCACAGACAGCGUCACCAGCAAAGCACCCCCACACCAUAACACCUCCUCCUCCAUGCUUUACGGUGGGAACUACACAUGGGGAGAUCAUCCGUUCACCCACACCGCGUCUCACAAAGACACGGCGGUUGGAACCAAAAAUCUCCAAUUUGGACUCCAGACCAAAGGACAAAUUCCACCAGUCUAAUGUCCAUUGCUCGUGUUUCUUGGCCCAAGCAGGUCUCUUCUUAUUAUUGGUGUCCUUUAGUAGUGGUUUCUUUGCAGCAAUUUGACCAUGAAGGCCUGAGUCACACAGUCCCCUCUGAACAGUUGAUGUUGAGAUGUGUCUGUGACUUGAACUCUGUGAAGCAUUUAUUUGGGCUGCGAUUUCUGAGGCUGGUAACUCUAAUGAACUUAUCCUCUGCAGCAGAGGUAACUCUGGGUCUUCCAUUCCUGUGGCGGUCCUCACGAGAGCCAGUUUCAUCAUAGCGCUUGAUGGUUUUUGCUACUGCACUUCAAGAAACUUUCAAAGUUCUUGAAAUGUUCCGUAUUGACUGACCAUCAUGUCUUAAAGUAAUGAUGGACUGUCGUUUGUCUUUGCUUAUUUGAACUGUUCUUGCCAUAAUAUGGACUUGGUCUUUUGCCAAGUAGGGCUAUCUUCUGUAUACCCCCCUACCUUGUCACAACACAACUGAUUGACUCAAACGCAAUAAGAAUGAAAGAAAUUCCACAAAUUAACUUUUAAGAAGGCACACCUAUUAAUUGAAAUGCAUUCCAGGUGACUACCUCAUGAAGCUGGUUGAGAGAAUGCCAAGAGUGUGCAAUUAUGUCAUUAAGACAAAGGGUGGCUAUUUGAAGAAUCUCAAAUAUAAAAUAUAUUUUGAUUUGUUUAACACUUUUUUUGGUUACUACAUGAUUCCAUAUGUGUUAUUUCAUAGUUUUAAAUUCUUCACUAUUAUUCUUCAAUGUGGAAAAUCUUCUGAGUGGCGCAGUGGUCUAAGGCACUGCAUCGCAGUGCUAACUGUGCCACUAGAGAUCCUGGUUCGAAUCCAGGCUCUGUCGCAGCCGGCCGCGACCGGGAGACUCAUGGGCGGCACACAAUUGGCCCAGUGUCGUCCAGGGUAGGGGAGGGAAUGGCCGGCAGGGAUGUAGCUCAGUUGAUAGAGCAUGGCAUUUGCAACGCCAGGGUUGUGGGUUCGAUUCCCACGGGGGGCCAGUAUAAAAAUGUAUUCACUAACUGUAAGUCGCUCUGGAUAAGAGCGUCUGCUAAAUGACGUAAAUGAAAAUAGUAAAAAUAAAGAAAAACCCUUGAAUGAGUAGGUGUGUCCAAACUUUUGACUGGUACUGCAUAUAUAUAUAUUUUAUCCGCUUGGAGGGGGUCGUUACCAUGGGAGCAGUAUAACAGCCUCUCACAACACUGCAAACAAACAUGAGUAAAAGUAUUAGGCUACUCAGGAUGAAUAAAUGUCAAUUUAACACAUGUGGGUUUUGUUUUCUGUAGGUCCCUGGUGAAUACCAGUCUAUUAAUGUUGAUGAGUUUUUUUUUUGUUGAGGUCAAGCUUAUGUUUUUUUUAGAUUUCUUUUAGAGAUUUGAGGUUGUUGAGCAACUAA